AUGUAUCAAGCUAAGCUACAAGAGGAAAAUGGGGAAGACUUUGGGAAAACGACCUGCACAUCUGAGGUCCAGGCAGCGUUUAUCCUCUCCUCCUUUGUGACCUUCUUCAGUGGACUCAUCAUUUUAUUCCUGUGCAGAUUUCUCUGGAGAAUCAUAAAAAAAGGGGGAAACUUCCAGGGAACCGGAUUUGUCUUGGAUUUCCUCUCAUCAGGUAGCUUUCACAGCAGUACUUUAAGAAGGCUUUAUUUUUAUGGAGUAUUCCGUGAUCGUAUAGAAAUGUUGCUUUCAGCACAGACCUUUGUGGGGCAAGUGCUGGUGAUUCUUGUGUUUGUACUAAGCAUCGGGUCUCUUAUAAUCUAUUUCAUCAAUUCUACUGACCCUGUUGGAAGCUGUUCUUCAUAUGAAGACAAAACAAUCCCUGUGGAUUUGAUUUUCAAUGCUUUCUUCAGUUUCUAUUUUGGGUUGAGAUUUUUGGCAGCUGAUGACAAGAUCAAGUUCUGGUUGGAGAUGAAUUCCAUUGUAGACAUUUUCACCAUCCCACCAACAUUUAUUUCUUAUUACUUGAAGAGUAAUUGGCUAGGUUUAAGGUUUCUAAGAGCUUUGCGGCUACUGGAACUCCCCCGAAUCUUGCAAAUUCUACAAGCCAUCAAGACAAGUAAUUCAGUGAAGUUUUCCAAACUGUUAUCAAUAGCUCUCAGUACCUGGUUCACGGCAGCAGGAUUCAUUCACCUGGUGGAAAAUUUUGGUGAUCCCUGGCUCAAAGGUAGAAAUUCACAAAAUAUAACAUAUUUUGAGUCCAUUUACCUGGUCAUGGCAACAACGUCAACCGUCGGCUUUGGAGAUGUGGUAGCCAAGACAUCCCUAGGACGGACCUUUAUCAUGUUCUUCACCCUGGGGAGUUUGAUAUUAUUUGCGAACUAUAUCCCUGAAAUGGUGGAACUUUUUGCUAACAAAAGGAAAUACACCAGUUCCUAUGAAGUGGUCAAAGGGAAGAAGUUCAUUGUAGUCUGUGGAAACAUCACUGUAGACAGUGUGACCGCUUUCCUGAGGAAUUUUCUACGUCACAGGUCAGGGGAAAUCAACACUGAGAUUGUUUWUCUGGGAGAGGUCACUCCUUCUUUGGAAUUGGAGACUAUAUUUAAAUGCUACUUGGCCUAUACAACUUUUAUCUCUGGGUCUGCACUGAAGUGGGAGGAUCUGAGGCGAGUUGCGGUGGAGUCUGCGGAAGCAUGCUUGAUUAUAGCCAACCCCUUGUGCAGUGAUUUACAUGCUGAAGACACUUCAAAUAUUAUGAGGGUGCUCUCUAUCAAAAACUAUUACCCAAAGACUAGAGUCAUCAUACAAAUCCUUCAGUCCCAUAACAAGGAUUUCCUGCCAAAGAUUCCCAGCUGGAACUGGAGUACUGGAGACAACAUCAUCUGUUUUGCUGAAUUAAAGCUUGGAUUUAUGGCUCAAGGCUGUCUGGUGCCAGGCUUGUGUACCUUUCUAACGUCUUUAUUUGUUGAGCAAAACAAAAAGAUUUCUCCUAAACAGACCUGGCAAAAAUAUUUCUUGAAUAGCCUGAAGAACAAAAUCCUGACUCAACGUCUCUCUGAUGACUUUGCUGGAAUGAGUUUUCCGGAGGUUUCCCGGCUCUGCUUUGUGAAGAUGAACCUUAUGCUCAUAGCCAUCGAAUACAAGUCCCUCUUCCAGAGUGGUUACUGUGGUCUGAUACUAAAUCCACCUGCACAAAUUAAGCUACGGAAGAAUACAUUAGGAUUCUUUAUUGCUGAAUCUCCAAAAGAAGUCAAAAGAGCCUUGUUUUACUGUGCCACCUGUCACAGUGAUGUGUAUAAUCCUGAGCUAAUUGAAAAAUGUGACUGCAAGAGUAAGAGCCGACAUCACCUCUCAGACCUACUUCCAGCUGGGUCUCCGGAGRUCUUGAUUAGCAACUCUUCAGCCACACUGUCCUCUACCCUGUUCCGUGGACCUCCUCGCUGGAUGAGAGAAAGCACACGCAGCUGGCGCCUGAACAGGGACCUGAGGACUCUUCCAGGCAAUACAGAGCAAGAAUCUGACAAACUUGAUGGCUCCGGCAUGUUUCACUGGUGCAAAGCAGUCCCUUUGGAAAUGGUAACUUUGAAACGAUCUGAAAAGUCAAAACAUGAUUUUCGGAACCACAUCAUAGCGUGCAUAUUUGGAGAUGCCCACACAGCCCUGAUGGGGCUUCGGAACUUUGUGAUGCCCCUAAGAGCUAGCAACUAUACCCGGCAGGAGCUGAAAGACAUUGUGUUCCUUGGGUCUCUGGAUUACAUGCAAAAAGAAUGGCGAUUUCUCCGGAAUUUCCCUCAUAUAUAUAUUCUGCCUGGAUCUGCACUCUAUCCUGCAGACCUACAGGCACUCAACAUAGAGAAAUGUUCCAUGUGUGCUAUCUUAGCACCCUCAUCUAAGCCAUCGAGCAGCCAGACUCUGGUAGACACAGAGACCAUCAUGGCCACUCUCAAUAUCGGAUCACUGCGGAUCGUCCCCUCUACUGAGAAACAUUCAACAAAAGAAGUGUGUUUGCUUGACUUCAGAGACUCUUGUGGGAAAUCAAAAUACCGACGAAUCCCCACCCUCACUGAACUGAAAAAUCCUUCCAACAUCCACUUUAUUGAGCAGAUUGGUGGACUGGAAGGGAACUUCACGGGGACAAGCCUGCAUCUGAGCGCUUCCUUUUCCACAGGCGCCGUCUUCUCUGGCAACUUCUUGGAUUCCCUCCUGGCCACUGCCUUCUACAACUACCAUGUCCUGGAAUUACUUCAGAUGCUGGUGACAGGAGGAGUAAGCUCUCAGAUGGAACUACAAUUGGAUAAGGAGAAGUUCACUGGGUUGACYGACAGCUACUCUACGUAUUCGUCUGGAAGAAUGCGUUGUAAACUGGGGCUUCUGUCCUUAGAGCAAACGAUUUUAUCAGACAUUCAACCAAGAACCACAUUUGGACAACUAUUCUGUGGCUCAUUAGAUUGUCUUGGAAUCUUAUGUGUUGGCUUAUACCGCAUGAUAGAUGAAGAGGCGCACAACCCAGAACAUAAAAGGGGAGUGUUUGUGAUUACCCGACCAGCCAAUGACCUUAAGUUGCUGCCUUCAGAUCUUGUGUUUUGUGCCAUCCCUUUCAGCACUGUCUGUGAAAAAAGGGGUGGUGAUUCAUCUCAACCAAUACAUAAAGUUCAAAAUAUCGUAUCAAGAGAAUCAUCGAUGAAUGCAAACCUAAGUUAUCCUACUGCGGUUGACCCAGUGAGUGAGAGUACKCCACAGAAAUUGUUUAGUUCCGUCCAAUCUAUGGAGGUAAAACCUUCUUUCUUUUCUGAAACUCAACAAGCAACGCCUAGUUUGAGUUUUAGGCUCUCAACCGACACAAAGGCUAAUGAAAUUGUGAAAGAAAAUGAAAAGGAAAACAUGAAGGAAACCCUGAAGGAGAAUGCACCAUAG